ACCAAAGUGAUGUAAACAGAUGAUGUCUACCGCCUGCAAUUCUGCAUUGAUGCUUCUAUGUUCGGUGCGUUCGGCACGAAUGAAACGUGAUUUUAUUAAUAAUUUGUUGAUUAGUGUAGUCGAAAUUAUUCGUUAUUAUGGGUGACAAACCAAUGGGAGAUGGCAAACGUUUUCUGGAAGGAUUAAUUCUUCGGGCUGAGGACGUUUUGGCUAAAAUGAUAUACAAACUUCAUCGAUCGAAUGUGCCGCUCGAAGAAAUGGUUCCUUGGAUUAAUUCAGUGUAUGGAUUCGUUAAUAGUUGGGAAGAAUCGUUACAAGAUGUCCGAAUUGAUGCACUGAAAAAGGCUGCUGCUUCCAAGCAAACCGCUAAAGAGGAAGCACUGAUGGAAGAGAUUAACCGAGACUACGGAUCCGUCUCGAAACAGAACGGCGAGGAUGGGAUGUGGGAAGCUCAGCAGAGCAGUAAACGGAACCCACCCAGAACGGAGGAAGCCGAACCGGUGUUCGAGUAUUUGGAACAGUCGCUGCAAGAUUACAAAAACAAGCGAACCGGUCGCUGCGUAAUUUCCCACGUCGGUACCGUUGCGCAGUCAUUCUGUAUGGUGGAUCGGGAUCAUCAGGACUGUACCAAGUUGUUUGCUGCCAUGCAAAACUCGCGCGGUUGCAAGCUCACAGAACUUCCGCCGUCCGGGAAAGUAUUCGGUGUUUAUUUGGAUGCUUCAUUGUUCAGAGCGGUUCGCAACAAACCGAUCGAAAACUCCACACUCACGUUAACUUACAUUCGGUUGUUGGACACCGGAGAAGUACUACCGUACGACGAUUCGAUGGUGCUUUCUGCCCUUUCCGAGUACUAUCAGAAGCUUCCGGCAUUUGCCAUACGUUGUAUACUAGUGGACAUCCUGGAUGAUCCGUUCUGUGAUAAUCUUGAGCAGUAUCUUAAGAAAUCGUUACACACAACACAGUACUACAGAGUUGUUUCAGUCGAAGGACCCGUCUUGUUUCUUAAUCUCAGUCAACAGCCAAUUGUAGUACCGGAAAAACCACUGAAACUAGUGGCAGCUGACAUCCCAACAGAAUCCAGCCUCGGAAAGACUAGAAGGCGUAGAUCGUCGUCAAAAACCAAACAUACGAGUCCUACUCGUAUGACUGUAUUCAAACCAGAACCGAUAGAAACCGGUGGUUCUAUCAGUAUUCGAAUGCCGGUAACAACCACUUCGACGGAGCGUAAACCCACUUGUCCGUUUUAUGAUCCCUUCAAUACAAAAUGUGCCAAGGGAGCGCACAGCAAACUAGAGCCGAUUCCAGCCCUGGAUUCCACCAGUUCACCGGGUAGUCCGACCGAAGAGCCGUACCAGUAUUUUCGAAAUGAUUCAUCGGGAAACAGUGCUGAAGAAGAUUCACAGAUACAAAUGAUUCCACCCAUUGGUUGCCAGGUGUACUUGAUUCCGAAGUUUAUCAAAGAUAUCGAACACUUUUGGUGUCAUGUUGUCUCGCCGAACUUUGUCGACACGGACCUGCUGGAGAUGGAGAUGAGAAUGAACUCUCCGGAGCACUCGGUACGCUAUCGGAAGUUUACGAGUCCGCCGGUUUUCCGUCAGCGAGUGUUCGCCAGGUACACGGAUAAACGUUGGUAUCGGGCAGAAGUAGCGCAAUAUUUCGACGAAAGUAACGUGCUGGUAUUCUAUGUAGACUACGGUAAUGCCGAGAUGGUUCUGCUGGAGAAUGUUCGCCUAUGGGACGAACAGUUUAGCUAUCUACCCUAUCAGGCGGUGUUCUGCCGGUUGGCAAACGUACGUAGAGUCAAACACUAUCACAAACAGGCUGUGGUCGAGAUGAACCGGUAUCUGCUAAACCAACGUGUCCUAGCGACGAUUGUGAACAAUGGAACUCCGUGGAAAGUAAGCGUCUACGACAAAGAUGGGUUCGAUUUCUCGGUCGCCCUUGUGAUGGCUGGUUUGGCUAAAAAAUUAGAAAUCGAUAGUUCUUCCGAAUUCUCUUCGAACGAUGACACCGACGACGAACUGGAUGACGAGAUGGACAGGGCUAUUCUUUGUACCUAAGCGUCCACGCUAUCCUAUUUAUUAUUAACUUUGGAUAUUCUGUAUCAAUCGUAACAUGUGAAUUUUUGUUUAAAGGUGAAAUGUUGUAUUUGAAGAACUUCGAAUAAA